UUCUUUCUUUCCUUUUCCUGCAUUUUUAAUUCAAAUUAUUAAACCAAAAACGAAACACCUGGUUUUCUCUCCUGCUUGGUUCGAGGAAAAGAAAAACUAGCAAAAUGUAAAAAUUGAAUCUCAAGUGUCUUUGUUUCGUUUUAUUGGUUUCUUAAAGAAGUGGGACUCGUGGAAAGAGUUGAAGCAGACUGAGCGACACGUGGUUGAUUCUUUUCUUUUUCCGUCGUUUUUCUCAGCCACCGAACAAUGAAAAGAAGUAAAGAAAUGUGCAAAACUUGAGACGCAAGUUCUGUUUUGCUGUAUUGGAUUCCCACAGAAGCAAAAAUCACAACCCGAGUUCAAAACAACUGAGCGACAUAUAACUAUACUGAACUUCAUUUCUUAGCAACCAAGGCGAUCUACUUCUUCGAAAAAGAUGGAAGAGAUUUGUCACUCAUUGCAACUGAUUGACGGCAAUGGUAAAUUCAACGUCGCCGGUCUGGAGGAGUUCGUGAAAGCGGUGAAGCUCACCCAGUGCGGUCUCUCCUAUACUGUGGUCGGGAUCAUGGGUCCGCAGAGCAGUGGGAAGAGUACCUUGUUGAAUCAUCUUUUCCAUACCAAUUUCAGGGAAAUGGAUGCAUACAAGGGAAGGAGCCAAACAACUAAGGGAAUUUGGAUGGCAAAUUGUGUUGGUAUUGAGCCUUUAACAAUUGCCAUGGAUUUAGAGGGCACUGAUGGGAGGGAAAGAGGCGAGGAUGAUACUGCAUUUGAGAAACAAAGUGCCUUGUUUGCUUUGGCAAUAUCAGACAUUGUGCUGAUAAACAUGUGGUGCCAUGAUAUUGGUCGAGAGCAUGCUGCGAACAAACCUCUUCUGAAAACAGUUUUCCAGGUCAUGAUGCGCUUAUUUAGCCCACGCAAAACGACACUACUGUUUGUUAUACGUGAUAAAACAAAGACUCCACUUGAAUAUUUGGAACCUGUUCUAAGGGAAGACAUUCAAAAGAUAUGGGAUACAGUUUCUAAGCCCCAAGCACUCAAGGACACACCUCUUAGUGAAUUUUUCUAUGUGGAGGUCGUUGCUUUAUCCAGCUAUGAAGAGAAGGAGAAGCAGUUUAAAGAGCAGGUUGCUCAACUGAGGAAGCGAUUUUUCCAUUCUAUUGCUCCUGGAGGGCUUGCUGGUGAUAGACGGGGCGUUGUCCCUGGCUCAGGAUUUUGCUUCAGUGCACAGAAAAUAUGGCAAGUUAUAAGAGAAAACAAGGACCUUGACCUUCCUGCACACAAGGUAAUGGUUGCUACUGUUCGGUGUGAAGAGAUUGCCAAUGAGAAGCUCUCUGGUCUGGUCUGUGAUAAGGAUUUGGUGGCGUUGGAGAAUGCUGUUCAAGCUGGUCCAGUAUCAGGUUUUGGAAAAUGGAUCAGCUCAAUCCUGGAAACCUAUCUUUCUGAAUAUGACAAGGAGACUAUCUACUUUGAUGAAAAAGUAAGAGAUACAAAACGACUACAUUUAGAGAUAAAAGCAUUAAAUUGUGUUCAUCCUCAAUACUUGACCAUGUUGCGGCAUCUACGUACUAUAGCACUUGAAAAUUUUAAGACUUGUCUGGAGCAAUCAUUGAACAGAGGAGAAGGGUUUGCUACAUCUGUUCGUAGUUGUACUCAAUCUUGUAUGCUUGAGUUUGACCAAGAUUGUGCUGAUGCUUCUGUAAAGCAGGCUGAAUGGGAUGAUGAUUCAAAGGUCCGGGAAAAACUGCAUCGUGAUAUUGAGGCACAUUCAUCAUCUGUUCGGGGAAAAAAGUUGUCAGAAAUUGGAGUCAAUUAUGAGAAAAAACUUACACAGGCUCUGACUGAACCUGUGGAAUCCCUACUUGAAUUUGGUGGGAAAGACACCUGGCCUUCAAUAAGAGAACUUCUGAGACGUGAAACUGAAACUGCCAUAUCAGGGUUUUCAACUGCUGUUGCUGGUUUUGAGUUGGAUGAAGAAACGUUUAACAAAAUGAUGCAAAAUUUAAAAGAGUAUGCAAGAAUUGUGGUGGAGAAGAAAGCAAGAGAAGAAGCUGGGAAAGUUCUGAUCCUUAUGAAGGAUAGGUUCUCAACAGUCUUCAAUCAUGAUCAUGAUUCAAUGCCAAGGGUUUGGACAGGGAAGGAAAAUAUUAGAAUAAUCACAAAGGAUGCUUACUCUGCAUCUCUGAAACUUUUAUCUGUUAUGGCUGCAAUACGCUUGAAUGAGAAACCAGAUAAGAUCGAAAAUGUACUUUUUUCCUCUCUGAUGGAUGGGACAGUUAGUGCCCCUUUGUCCCAAGAUAAGAAAAUGGGUGCUUCCCCAGAUCCUCUUGCUUCAAGCACAUGGGAAGAGGUUCCUCCAAACAAAACACUGAUUACACCAGUGCAGUGCAAGUCUUUGUGGAGACAGUUCAAAGCAGAGACUGAGUAUAUUGUCACUCAAGCUAUUUCUGCACAGGAGGCUCACAAGAGGAGUAGCAACUGGUUACCUCCUCCAUGGGCAAUUGUUGCAAUGGUUGUCCUUGGCUUCAAUGAGUUUAUGCUCCUUCUAAAGAAUCCCCUCUAUCUCAUGAUCUUCUUUAUUAUAUUUUUACUCUCAAAAGCCUUAUGGGUACAAAUGGACCUCACAGGAGAAUUUCAUAAUGGCAAUCUGGCUGGACUUCUAGCCAUCUCAUCAAGGUUUCUUCCUACUGUCAUGAACCUUCUAAGGCGACUAGCUGAAGAGGCUCAAGGGAAUCCAACUCCACAACCACCAAGACCGCCUCCACAUCUGGCUUCUCAGAGUUCUAGGCAUCACACACAGCAGUCAAAUCUAGCAUUCAGCUUGUUUCCUGAUUCAUCCGUAUCAUCAAAUAUUUCCUCCUCUGAUGGUGGUAUUGAACACUCGAGCCCCAACCUGAUACAAAGGCGAAGUACAAAAGUUGAAGAGGUGGAAGUUUCUGGAUGAGAAACUUCAUUCUCUGGCUUAGUUAUUUUCUCAAAGUUCAUGUUCACAUCAAAUCUGUAUGCUUACCAUGGUUUAAAUUUAUGUUAUAUCUCAUACAAAUAAAUAAAUCAUUACAAAUAUUUCCUUCUCUGAAUUGCUCUGUUGGAUAUGCUGUAAAAUUAGGAAUAUCUGGAUGAUGUGUAGGUUAUGACUCUUCUGAGAAUUCAAUUUUGGGUUC